AUGCUGGAGCAGGACUGGACCCCUUUGUCCGCUUUAAACAUUUUUGUCAAGGACAUGGGCAUUGUCGUCUCGACAGCACGAGCUACUCAGUUUCCGUUACCAGUUGCAUCUGUCGCAGAGCAGUUGUAUAUCUCAGCUUCGGCCAAGGGGUAUGGCAAGGAGGACGACGCUGGACUGGUAAGACUGUUUCUGCAGGAACCUGAAAACUCAACAAUCACCGGACCAACGUCUUCCCUCGAGGUGUCAAAGUCACUGGAUAAAACACCUACAAAAGUCGCCGUGUUUAAUCUCGAUGACCUGGGAUGUGAUCUAGCAGUGUCAUUUGCCAAUAGUGGUUUCAACGUCCACGUCUUCGACGUCGAUGGCACGAAGGCCGCAGGCGACGGAUCUUCUCCUCGGAACCAGCAAAACUGCCGAAGCUCCUGCAGACAACGCAUUCAUAUUAUUGCUCUCAACAGCCUCUCCGUCACAGGCAAAAAUCUCGCAAAGCAGCUGGCUGAUUUGGGAACCGGCAUUUCCCUGAUCGAUGCCCCGGUUUGCCACGGCGGCUCCUCCAAGGAGAGUCCGACCACAACCAUGCUGUACUCAGGCACCGAUACCGCGAUUGGCAGGGCCAGCGGCAUCAUUGCUGCUGCCCACGGUGCAUUCGACAGAGUCCGACAAGUAAGCGGAGGGCUGGGCUCGGCAUCGACAGUCAAACUGAUUGACCAGAUGUUAUCCGGUAUCCAGCUCCUCGCGGCGGCCGAAGCGAUGGCGUUUGCAUCACAUCUAAGUCUCAGCACCUCUCAAAUCUUCCACUUUGUCCGUAGUGCGGCGGCGUGGAGUUGGAUGUUGGAGACUCGGGUCCCGAUGAUGCUGGAGGGUGCUUGGGCUCCUCCUUCUCAGUCUCGCUUUGAGGCCCCGUUAUCGACUCUUGCGAGGGACCUCGGAUGGUUCUUGGAGAGACAAAGGAGUUGA